AAUGGAGAAUUACUCAUAUAUGUGCAACUUAUCUACAGUUUAGAAAUUCAAGUUUAAAGUAAUUCAAACUAGAAGGAAGAACUGAAUGGAGAAGGAACUAGAAGAAGGAAUGGAGUCGGAGAUUCUUCACGAAGUUCUUAAGGAGAGAAGCACCAGAAAUGGUCGGAACACUAAAACGCCUACUAAAUUCAAGGAAUACGAACUUAGACUUUGUAGUUUUAUAACAGAAUUUUGAUAUAAUAUCAUUUAUCAGAAGAUGGGAGAAUGUUGAGUUAUUAAUGUGAUUAAAAGUGCCACCUAUUAUUUUUUUAUAUUUUGAUUUAAGUUGCCCUUUAAUGGCAACACAAUUAUUAUAUUUUUACAAUGAAAGUUUGUUUUGAAGGUAUUUGUUUUGUUGUUCUGUUGUGAAAAGAUAAACGGAGUUUAAGAAGAAUUAGUUUGAAUUUCUUUUGUCUUAUCCAACAAGCGUUUCCUGUUUUAACCAGUCGGAGCAAAUCAUUUAUCAGUCUGCCAGAUUUUUGCAUUACAAUUAAUCAGCAAAAUGUUAAUAGAUGGUGUAGGAAGUCUGACAUAGUAAUGUGCGUAUUUUUUAUAGAUAGUAAUCAGAAAACUAUAUUAACUACUUGUUUCUUGUGACAUUAGCAUAAAUAUGCUUUCUAGGAAUUUUAAAUUGUGUUUAGCUUUCCGUAUGAAAAAUGGAACGUGCCGCGUACGAAGUACUGAUCAGAAGACUAUAUCAGCCUCACAAAAGAGUGUCGUACGAAAGUUUCCCAUUGCUGGUGUUAAGGAUAUUAUUGUUGUCGCUUCUGGUAAAGGUGGAGUUGGAAAAUCAACAACUGCAGUAAAUUUGGCAUUGGGAAUAAGUGCAAAUAAAAAGGAUAAGCUUGUUGGGUUAUUAGAUGCUGAUGUCUACGGCCCAUCUAUCCCACGUAUGAUGAAUCUAAAAGGACAACCAGAAUGUACUGAAAGUAUGUUCAUAUAGCUAACAACCAUACGC